AUGUAUAUAAUUUUGAUAUUGUUGUAUUUUGUUAAAUCAAAGGAAAUAAUUAACUUGGAGAUUGAUAAAUCAUAUAAAUAUUAUGGGUAAGUAUAUAUAAAUUUAAAACAUUAGAGAGGUGCCAAACUCAUGGCUUCAUUAUCCAGUCUAUCAUUAUAAAUUAGAAAUUCUGCAAGAGAGAGAGGUUUUUGUAUUUUUAGCAACAUUAAAUGAUGCUCGUCCAUAACAUUAGUUAUACAUGAGUAAAGUUGAAAUUACGUAUGUGUUUAUUUAGUAUUUAAGAAAGAUUAGUAAUGCUUAAGAAUGCAAAAUUGAAAAUCAAAUUCUUUGCCAAUUAGAAUCAAUAAAAAAUAUAUCCAAAAUAACAUAUUACUUUGUAGUGCUCUGUCUAUAUAAUUGUCACUAUGAACUAAAAGUAAUGACAAAGAAUACUUUUAUGGAAGGAGUGAUGAUCGUGAAGUUAGAAUAAGAAAAAGCAUUUAAACUAAAUUUAGCUAAUAUUGAAUACGAUAGACUUUGUCUUAAAUUGAUGUAGUUUCCUUUGAAUAAUGAAUUUGAUAUUUACAUAAACAUGAACGAAACAAUUCCUACUGCAUUAAAAUUCGAUAUUCAAUAAACCUUUUACAACUAAGAGGGACUUAUGUGUUUACAGAGAAAUUCCACUCAUCCUUAAAAUGUAUUGACAGCAUUCAUCAAUAAAGAAUGUUACUUUCUGAUUGUGGCUAAUCCCUUUUAAAAAUUCCAUGAAAUCAGUUUAUAUUAACAAUAACAUGAUCAAAUACUAAGAGGUAAUGUAAAUUUUUAUAAAUUGAUUAUUAAUGAUUUCAAGGAACAUGUGUUAAUAUUUGAUGUGAAGUGUUUAGAUCAACAAGUUUCCAUCUACGUAUAACCCUGCAUUGAAGAUAGAUGUAAACGUGAUUAUUUGGAUUUUGAUUGGUAGUACUAAUUCGAUCAAAACCAUAAUGAUUAUACUAUUCCUCCAUACAAAAUGAUUUACACAGAAGUCUAUUUAAUUGCAAUUAAAGCCAAAGUUGAGAUGGUAGAAUACAAUUUAGAAGUAAAAAUAAGUGACAAUCCAAGGUAGAUAUUUUAGCGCUCAAAGAAAUAAGCUGGAGUCUUAGAGAAGAAUUAAGUUGCUUUAUAUUUAUUCCAAUUAAUUGAUUAAAUUGAGAUAGUCAAUCUAAGGGUAAUUGCAAUUUUUCCAAAAGGACACGGUGUCUUAUUAAGCAAAUUAUGCAUUAAAGAUUCUGAAGAGAUGGCAUUUGUCGAUGACAUAUAGGAAUACCUGUAAAAAGCAGAUCCAGAGAAUUAUUAUAAUUGUUCGAUCACUCCAUAACAAGCAUCCACUUUUCCUUCUGAUAUUCUCCAAAUUUCAAAUGAAAUAGUUAUCUAAUUCAAUACUACCAAGAGCUAUGAUAAUGUAACUUCAUUCUGGAUUGAAAAAAAAUCUUUUAACUUUGCAUUUGUACUUGCUAUCUACAGUUAUGUUGAUUUCAUGAGAUUCUCUUUGAUACAAGAACACAUUAUCGGUCAUCCUUUAAUUAAAUUUGAUGAAUAUACAAUCAAUUAUAAAUUUCUGAAGUAACAAGCCUAAGACAAUUAUUAGACUUUUGAAACUUAAUAACAUGAUAAACAGAUUUAUUUCGUUUUAGCAGCAUAUGAAGGAAAAUCAAAUAUAAUAUAUUCUGGUAUUGAUACUACCAAAACAAUCUCUUAGGAGAAGAAAUUAACAACUAAAUAAAUUGAUUUUAUGAAUUAUGAUCUAGAAGAAAGCCGCUCUUAUACAAUUCAAAUAUAAGCAAUAACCAACUUGAAAUAUUCUCUUAUUGAAAUUAUAAAAAAUAUAGUCACACCAUAAAUUACUUACAUUCCCCUUCUAAUUGGAACUCAAUUCAAAACUAUUGAUUUUGAUCUUUACUUUAGCUUUGAAAUUACCGAGAAUGCUAGCUUCUAUUUAAAUCUAAAAUCAUUAUAUGGUAACUUUAUUUGUUACAUACUUAGUAGUGAUAAAUAUAAUGCUAACGAAUCUCCUUAUGAAUCUAAUCUUGCCUUAACAAGCUUAUAGCAAACUUUAAUUAUUGAAAAUCCCAAACAGUUUUAUUACUUAUAUGUUAAAACUACCUCUAAUGAAGUUAAUGAAUCAUAUCAAAUAAUGUUCUACCAACAGAGUUCCUUUUUGGAACUAUUCUGUGAUGAUACAUUUUAUGGUUUGCUUAAAAACUAACAAACCUUAUAUUUUUACUACCAAUCAAUCUAAAAUAGUAAAUCAAUAUACAUUAUUGUAACUUAUUAAUCAGAAUAAAAUGAUAACAACAAUCUCUAGAUUUAUAUCAGUAGCAUAAACAAAUAUCCUAAUUAAUUAAAUUAUGAAUACCUAAUCAAAUCAAAUUCCAAUCACAUCGUCAUUCCUAACGUCAUUUAUGACAAUAUCCUAUACAUUGGAGUGUACAGCAUAGGAUCCAACAAGUACACUCUUCUAAUUCAAGAUUCUGAUUCUAUGAUCGAAUUAAAAGAUAAUAUCAUGUAAACUAGGCCAAUCUUAGACUAACAGCAUUUCUACUUUUAUUAUUUAAUCCCUAGAAAUUUCAUUUAUCCUAUUAAGAUUUAAGCAAUUACUAAAUUCAAUUUAAUCGAAUUAUUGUGCAAUAUUCUUGAUUAUGACUCGCAAGAUAUCGAAAAAGAGGACUAUCCGACCUUAGCCAAACAUGACAUAAAAGAGUUAUUUAGUGCUAGUUCAUCCAAUAAAUUACUUUUCAUAAAUUAAACUAAUCUAAUCAAAUGUCAAGAUAAAGGCUGCAUCUUGUUAAUAGAUGCUUAUGUCUUAGGACAUUUUGAUUAUUUCAAUAUCAUUGUAUCCUCAAAAUACACUGUCAUUAGAAAUCUAGAAAUGAUGAUUGGAUAUGCCAGCUAAAAUAGCAUGUCUUAUUACUACUUUGAGAUUAGCGAAGUAAUAGAAGACAUCCAAAUUACUGUUAUACCAUUAUAAGAAUGUAAAUGCGAUAUUUAUGUCUAGAAAUCUAAAACACAAGAUGAUAUCAUUUAUCCUUCUGUAGACAAAUACUCUUAUAAAUUUGCAUCAGAUACGCUAACAAUAUCAGAGAAAGAUAAUAUCGGACAAUAUAUGAUUGGAGUAUUGUCUCAAAAUUGCAUCUUUGAAAUAUUGUUACAUCUGGGAGGUUUCUAGAUGCAUUACAUUCAUAAUGGAUAAUUUGUUGAAACUUCCAUAAAUGACACUGUUUAAUAUUUUUAUUUGAAUAACCACUAAGAACCAUUUCGAAUAAUGAUUCAGAAUAUGAGGAAUAUCAUCGCCUCAAUAAGGAUCGAAAAUAUGAAUGAAACAAUAGAGUUGGCUAAUAAUAGUGAUCUUUUUGGAGGAAUAAUGUAAAUUGAUAAGAAUGUAUGCUACUCUUGCACAUAUAUUUUAUCUCUUCAUCCAAUUAGACCAACUUCAUUAUCUAUUCUUCUUAUAUAUAAUAAAAUUCCAUUUUCAAUUCCGUAUGGUAGAAUUUAUUAUGAUUAAUGCCUAGAUGCUUGUGAAUUCGAACUUUCUCCAGGAGAGUUGAAUUUAUUUGUUUACUCAAAGUCUAUCACUUUGACUUUUAACUUUAAAAUUAAACGCAUUAUUACAAUGGAUCUAACAUACUCUAACCACUUGAUCCCGAUAAAUGAAACUUGUAUAUUGCAAAUUGGGAAGGAUUCUUAUUAUUCUAUCAAUCUAAGCAAUCGUGAAAAUCCAAUCAUUUUACAAUUAGGUCGAGUAUUCAACAGCAAAAAUACUAUAAGUCGUAAUUAAACAUUAUUUAAUUUUAAAAUUGGCAGAAUUGAUUAAGAUUAUAUAAUAUAAGUUUCAAGUUAAUCUGAUGUAAUAAUUGAAGUCUUUUUUAAUGAUGAGUAACAAAAUAAAUCAAAGAUAAUUCCAAAAUCAGAGUUAAUCAUCAACAAAUCAAAGAAAAGAUUCAUUUAUUAAUUUCAACAAAUUGAAACACCAUACUAAAUCAUCCUCUAAUGCAGUGAUAACUACUAUAUUCUAGUGGAUGACUAUAAUAACAAAAAUAAACUUAAGUAUAUUAAUUUUAACAACCAUUAUAUUGAAAUAAUUGAGGAGAUUUAAUAAUACAAUAUUUAAGCAACUUAUGAAUAAGAAUUGCGAUUUGAGAAAUUCGAUUGUCUAGGGAAGACUCAUUUGCAGAAAUAAUCUCAAGGCUAUUAAAGAGAAACAUAUUUCAAAAUUUAGGUAACAGAGAAACCUUAUCCAUAUCCAUUUAAUAUAGUUAGUCUAGUGCCACAUCUUUAAUAUUCUCAUGAUUAAUGGAAUUAAAAGAAUACAAGAUUUGAAAUCAUUAAAUUGUCAAGUGAUUAUUUAGAAGUAACUGUUAAUGCAAUGAAACGAAAAAAAACUGGGAGUGUAAAUUUAAAUAAACUAAUGUAAGAUUAUUAAGAAUAACGUAUAGCUAUAUUAUGCAUUUCUCUAACCAAGAGGACUACAUGAGACCUCUAGGUUGUGAAAUUGAUAUUGAGUUUCUGGCAAUAUAUACGAAUGACAGUUCUAUAUUUUACAAUACUUCCAUUUUAGAAGUGAAAGAGAAACAGGAAACUAUACAAUUUAUAGGUACGUGUAAUACAAAAUUGUAGUGCUGAUUAAUAGAGAAUUAAUAUAUGGAUAACUUGUAUUUAAAGCUUAUUAUGAGGGUUGUGAUAUUCCAUACACUUAUUUUUAUAAUGUCGCUUUAAUUUAUAAUAAGACAAAUGAUAUGAAAAUGAAGAAUAAAGAAGAAGUGAAGAUUGAAGAAUCAAAAAUAGAUUAUAUAUUAAUAGUCAUGGGAAUUAGUUUAGCAGUGGGAUUAGGUUUAAUACUCAUGUGGAUUUGUAUUCCUUAGUAGAAAUAGAAAAGAAGAAAAUUGAAUGAGGAAUAAUAAUAUGAACUAUCAUAGCUAAAGUAAGGAGAGUAAAAUUAAGUGAAAACAACUUGA